AUGGAUCAGUACGCGAAAGAGAGGCUGAGGAAGAUCAUUGCGUUGCUGGAAAGCGGUAUUGAUAGCAACUUAGGCCCGCAGCUCGAUACCAUCCUCAGCAAGGACGAUCAGGUUGGUGAGGGUAAAGAUAGCUCCCACUCCGCCUGCAUCGAGGAGACGGCCCCAAAUUCGGCAUUAGACACUUGCUCAGCCACCUUGCUCAGCGAGGUCGCCGCCGACGAGUCUCCUCUAGCGGCUCUUGGGCGACAUGCGUUCCGCGCCGCCGAAAACGAAGCUCAAGCCCUCCUUCGAGCCGAGAAGAAGCGGUUGGAAGAACGUCUUGCCACCAGCCCCCUGGCGAAGGGGAUAUACUGGAAGCGGUGUAAUGGACAGUGGGUUAAUGGACUGGGUGACGUGCUUGUGGACAGUGGUCGUGGCGGAAACGAGGGAACCAUGGUUGCUGGAACAGAAGCCCGAGGUGUCAUGAUGGAUCAGGAAGGGGUGGAUGAGCGUGGAAGCAUGGGUGCUGCUUCUACUCUUGCUCAAGAUCACGUCGACGAAGGAGUCGCUGACUUGUCGACGCUGACCUGGACCUCUACACCCAAUUUAGCGAUGAGCACUACCGCGGCCACAAGCAUUUCCUCCCUCUCCCUCGGAAGCCCGAACUUAUCCGACACUACACCGUUGAAACCUACGGUCUGCACCGGUAGCCUCGCCGUCCCAAACAGUGCCGACUCCAAGGCUGGGCACUACGGCUACGCCCUGCUCUGUCACGAUGAUGUGAGUCCUGGCCAAGGUGCACUACCCUCGAGCUCCCUACUUGCCAGCCAGGCUUGUCUAGCCAAUUUCUCAUCGUUUGAAUAUCUCAUGCUCCAAAAUCGAGAACAACUAGUCCGUUCCGGACAGUGUAGGGAAGAGGAUCUCUGCAUCACUUGCUGGGCAUACAACCGCGCCGCCGUCAGGGCACAGGUCAAGAAGGACGUACUGGUAGAGCAGGCUUGUAACGGGGAUAAGCAUGAUGAGUGA